UAUAUAUCUCAUGUUCUGUGGACUAUUAUCCAGACUGAUAAAAUGACUGCUUUUUGAAAUUGAAUAAGAAUAUUGGGAUAUAAAUUCAUCUUCCUAGACUCACUGAAAGCAUCUUCCAAGAGUAGACAGGAGGACGACAGAGAUGACAUGUUGGUCCCAUUCCCACAUGGUUUAAAUUUCUUCUGUUAGGUCCCUAUUACUACUACUACUCCUACAACCACCCCUACCACCACCACUACUACUGUUAUUUUUUCCCCAACCAAGUUGAUCCAGGACCCAGGGAGGGGGCCCCCCCAGGCCUGGUGGUGCCGAGCAGAGCCCCACAUCUCCUCCUUCUUGCCCUACGACAUGAACCUGCUGUACCGAAAAACCAAGCUGGAGUGGAGACAGCACAAGGAGGAGGAGGCCAAAAGGAGUGCAAGUAAGGAAGUGGGACCCACAGGUCCUUCAGGGCCAGGGCCCGGGGUUCGUGCACGAGACGUGUCUUCGCUUCGACGCUCUCUCAGGAUGGGCUUCAUGACCAUGCCUGCUUCCCAGGAGCAUGCCCCUCACCCCUGCCGUAGUGCCAUGGCUCCCCGCUCCCUCUCCUGCCAUUCGGUGGGGAGCAUGGAGAGUAGUGGGGGUACUACCGGUGGGGGAGGGAGCAGUGGAGUUGGGGGAGAUGUUGGAGCCCGGAGGCCACCUGUGAAACCCCGGAGGCACCCCAGCACCAAACUCAGCAUGGCUGCAAGUGGAGCCGAAGCACCUCCCAGCAAGAAAGCAGGUUCUCAGAAACCAGCUCCUGAAGGCCGUGAGUCUAGCCGAAAAAUCCCUCCUCAGAAGCCAAAGCGCAGUCCCAACACCCAGCUCUCUGUCUCCUUUGAUGAGUCCUGCUCAAUGGCUCCCACUUCUCGGGUUGGGGCCCUGCCCCUGCAGCGAUACAGCCGAGGGGGGAGGGGCGCAGGUGAACAUGAUUUGAGCUCACAGGAUGAAGAACCUGUCUACAUCGAAAUGGUGGGAGACGUCUUCCAAGGUGGUGGAGGGAGUGGUGGGAGAAGUAGUGGAGGCCCAGCAGGUGCUUCUGUUGGAGGAGGGGGAACAGGCCCCCCAGCUGGCCCAGACUCAGACUCUGAGGAGAGUGAGGCCAUAUAUGAAGAAAUGAAAUACCCACUCCCUGAAGAGGUAGCAGAAGGCAGGGCCAAUGGAGUCCCCCCACCAGCUGCUGUCUCUCCAUUGCAUCACCCUCAUUCUCAUCACUCGCACCGACGUCCAGCCUCUGCCCUCCAGAGCAGGCAGAAUGGGGCUCCUACUAAGACUUCCCCUUGUGAAAUCCCACCACCUUUUCCCAACCUUCUCCAGCACCGUCCCCCACUUCUUGCCUUUCCCCAAGCCAAGCCUGCUACCCGGACCCCUGGGGACGGGGUCUCUAGGUUGCCAGUCCUCUGUCACACCAAGGAGCCGGCUAUCCCGGUCCCAGCUCUCCAAGUGCCUGGACGGGAUCAAGAGACACCCCCACCUCCGCCUCCUGCUGCCAAUUUGCUGCUACUAGGGCCCUCUGGUCGGGCACGGAGCCAUUCAACACCACUGCCCCCUCAGGGCUCUGGUCAGCCUCGAGGGGAGAAGGAAAGGGAGAUUCCCAAUUCCCAUAGUAUGAUCUGUACCAAGGCAGCAGGAGCACCAGCAUCUUCCCUUGCCCCAGCCAUGUUGCUCCCAGGACCCCCCAAGGACAAAGCUGUGUCUUAUACCAUGGUAUACUCAGCAGUCAAGGUGACCACACACUCUGUCCUACCAACUGGCCCAUCUCUGGGGGGUGGGGAGCCGAAGACAGAGAAGGAAAUCUCAGUCCUUCAUGGGAUGCUCUGUGCUAGUUCCAGGCCAGUACCUCCUGGGAAAGCUGCCCCCGCCAGUGGGCCUGGAGUACUUCACCACCGGAGCUGCCUGGCUUCUCCUCACAACCUUCCUGACCCUACAACUAGCCCCCUUUGCCCCCUCUGGACUUAUCCAGCCACAGCUGGGUUCAAGAGACCCCCAGCCUACGAGAGCCUAAAGGCAGGGGGUUUGCUAUCUAAGGGCUGUGGGGUUGGGGCUUCCGCUCCCAUGGUCAAGAUCCAGCUGCAGGACCAGGGUACCAGUGGGGGUGCAUUUGCUAGCAUCUCCUGUGCCCAUGUCAUUGCCAGUUCAGGGACACCAGAGGAGGAAGAGCAGGAGGAGGAGGAGGAGGUGGGAACAACGACAUUUGGGGCGGGCUGGGCCCUGCAAAGAAAAGUCCUGUACAGAGGGAGGAAAGCAAAAGACUUGGAGACAGAGGCUGUGGAAGGUGUCCGGGCCUGGAAUGGUAGUAGAGAAGUUCCAGGCAAGGCAGAGAAGGAGGAGAAGGGACUCCUCCCAUCAGGCAUCCCUGUUCGAAGCCAUGGGGCAGAGGGCCUGCUGGCCAGGGCCCAUCACAGCGGAGAUCAGGCUGGAGGAGGAGGAAGCCGAACAGGACUAACCAUGCCCUGCCAAACUUUCCCUGCCUGCCACCGCAAUGGAGACUUCACUGGAGGUUACCGCCUAGGGCGCUCAGCCUCUACCUCUGGAGUUCGUCAUGCUGCUGCCCAUACCCCACGACCCUGCAGCCAGCCCAGGGAAAUCCUCAGCCAGACCCAUCCUGCACUGCUGCUGCCUCUUCCCCCACAGCCGGCCCCAGAGAGGGAUGGCAAGUUGCUGGAGGUGAUCGAGAGAAAACGCUGCGUCUGCAAGGAGAUUAAGGCAAGGCACCGGCCGGACCGGGGGCUCUGCAAGCAGGAGAGCAUGCCUAUCCUUCCCAGUUGGAGACGGGGGCCAGAACCCCGAAAAACUGGCACUCCUCCAUGCCGCCGGCAGCAAACGGUCUUGUGGGAUACAGCUAUCUGAAAGGGGCAGGAUUGGGGGGCAGAUCCAGAGGAGGACCAAGGGGUAAACCAAUGCCUAGCCUCCCCCUAGGAUACCACCAUUUAAAGGAGGCCAAGUGGUCAUCUCCCUUUAGGAUCCUGCCUUGGGAGAGAGAAGCUUGGUCUCUCCUGAAAGAGAGAGUCAGUAAGAACUGAAAGACAGUCAGUAAGAACAAUUCAACCUCCCCCUCAACCACCAAGACCCUGGAGGCUAGGUGGAAUGGUAGAGGGUUAGGGAGUGGCAGCUCCCUCCAACAAUGCCCACCUUCUGCCCCUUUGCUGGACUUUGGGGAAGGAAGGCAAUACUGGGGCUGGAAGUGGGGGCCUUUGGCUGUUCCCCUCUUGUCAGAGCUAUGGAUUCCUUACCCAACAAGGUUAGAUGGUUAAAACUGGGAGGGAGGGAAAGGGCUGGUAAGGAAAGAGGGAGGUGGGGCAUAUAAGUUCCCGAGGGGAAGAGAA